AUGUUUCAUCAUGGACAUGCGAAACAGUUUUUGCAAAUCAAACAAUCGUUUCCGAGUGUUUAUUUGAUUGUUGGAGUGAAUUCCGACGAGGAAACGCUGAAAUACAAGGGACGAACAGUGCAAUCGGAAGACGAGCGAUACGAAGCGAUUCGCCACUGUCGAUAUGUGGAUGAGGUCUAUCGAGGCUCUCCGUGGACGUUUCCCAUUGAGUUUUUGAAGGAAUUGAAGGUCGACUUCAUUUCGCACGACGCCCUGCCUUAUCAGGGACCACUCGGCGAGGAUAUCUACGAGAAGUACAAAACGGCGGGCAUGUUCCUGGAGACGCAGCGAACUGAGGGAAUCUCGACGAGCGAUUCGAUUUGUCGAAUUAUCAGAGACUACGAUACGUACGCGAGACGAAACUUGAAUCGAGGAUAUACGGCGAAAGAGCUCAAUGUUGGAUUUUUGACGACCAGCAAGUACCGUAUCCAGGAUACUGUAGACGAGUUUGUCGAGUUUCUGCACGUCUGGAAAGCCAACGCCGAGCACUACAUCGACAGCUUCCUUCAGACGUUUGCUCGGGACAUUGUGGCUCCGCCCACUGGACGUCGUCAAGUUGAAGAGAAGCAGGAAUAA